AUGAAUAAUAAAGAGCAAUUAACCAAUAAUAAUAUUAGAAAAAAUCUGAUGAAUGUGCAAUCAACUAAUAAUACUGAUAUCAGAACUGGAAAUGAAAAUAUUAAUGUUGAACUAAUAGCUAGUAAUGAAUAUAAACUGUCAAAGAAAACUACUAUAGAAAAG